AGGGUAUUCUGGAAACGGACAGAGAGUGUAAUACGAGUGAAUAGAUCCUGCUUUAUGAUAUAACUAACUAGCUACCUCAGUAUAACUUUUGACAAAUGUCAGAAUAAAUUUGAUUGCUCUUUCGAUACCUGUCAAUUACCAAAAUUCCAGUACAACUCCAUUCCACGUAGAAUCAAACAAUGGCAGACGUUGAAGGAUGCUAAGGUGAAGUUAUGGUGCAUGCCCUCUGGAAAGUUGAAUGCCAAGAUGCAAGUGAAGGCGAAAGGAAAAGCUCACGGAUGUGAGCAUGCCUCAAGUACUUGAACUAUUCUUAAUCGUGUUAUUCGAAUGUAGAGGGAGCAGAAGAAGAGGCACAAACAGAAGAAGUACGAAUAGUAGAAGAGGCUGCAGACGAAGCUGUCCAAUCAAACGAACCACCUGAGACUACUGAAAGUGGCACUGACGAAAGAUAUAGUAUAAACAAAGUGCAGAUCCGAAAAUCAAGAUUUCCAACAAAGAACAAUGAACUGAACGCCUACUAUCUAACCUCCGUUCCUGAAUUACCUCUCAGGGCUUCGGAGUACUCCCCGAUGCCGUACACGUUCAGAGUACCAACUUUAAACAGCCCUGUCAAGAUUAACAACCUGAGAUCGAAAUGCCCUCCGUACUACUUGUUGUUGGAUCAUACGAUUGCAGUGUUGUGGUUGAUGUUUGCUGCUAAACAGUACGACUGUCCAUUAGGUAUUUCUCAAAUGCAAUGGGCGCUGUGCUUCCUACGUACCAUAAAGACAAGAAAUGGAGACUACCCGAAGGAUGUAGCUAUAGCGAUCAACGCUAUUGAGGAACUCCUGGUCACAAACUACGCUCAACUGUCCGCGGAAAUGGCCAAUAUCAAGAGAUUGGACGAAACUAUCAAGUAUUCUGAAGGAGCAUUCGGCUCUAGUCAAAUGCUAACGAAAGAACUGCCCUUUUCACUGAAUUAUGCUGAGAUGUUCAGCAAGAGCCCAGCGGUCCAGGCGGCAGCCGAAGCUAAAUCAAUGACAUCUGUAGAAGCUGAACGAGAACUGAAGAAGAUCAAAUCUGCAGCUGGAGUUGACUCGAUUGAAGAACUAGAUCCUGAGUCUAAGAAUAAGGCAAUCAACGUACUGAAAAUGUGGAAGACAGACCAAGUAGAGAAGAUUAAGGACGAACUAAGAAGGUUACGCGGUAUAGAAGUGUAUUUGAGAGAUAUUGACGCAAACUUUGAAGGAUUCGUUGAGGAUGACUUAGGGGCAUUGGCUUCAGACAUAUAAAUAAUUAUUUAUAAAACUGUUCAAUAAAUACUUCUGCCAAAUUUAUCUAGAA